AAGCCAGGCUGGGCGGGACCGAGUUCGCGGGUUCGGGACCGAGUCGCCCAGCGAGCGUCGCGCCGAGUGCCUGUGGGUUCUGUAGAGACUGUCGGCUCCGGUCUGAGUUCCCAGUAGCUCCUUACCUUUCCGGAGGUUGCUCGAGGCGAGGUCCCACCAUGCCUUCUGAGACACCCCCCGCAGACACCCUCCGCAGGUCUACAGGGUGCCCCCACCUCUCAGGGGCACACUUGGGGAGAGGAAGCCUGGAGAAGGAGCCUCUGGAGGACAAGGAAGCCAAGGAGCUGCUGUGGAUCCGUCCUGAUGCCCCAAGCAGGUGUUCCUGGCAACUGGGCAGGCCAGUCACCGAUUCCCCACAUUGCCACGCUGCCUUGGCAAAAUCUCCAAAUAUCUUGCCGGAUAUCCUGAAGAAAAUUGGGGAUACCCCGAUGGUGAGGAUCAACAAGAUCGGGAGGAACUUCGGCCUCAAGUGUGAGCUCUUGGCCAAGUGCGAGUUCUUCAACGCGGGUGGGAGCGUGAAGGACCGUAUCAGCCUGCGGAUGAUUGAGGACGCCGAGCGUGAGGGGACCCUAAAGCCUGGGGACACGAUCAUUGAGCCAACGUCGGGGAACACAGGGAUCGGGCUGGCCCUGGCCGCCGCCGUGAAGGGCUAUCGCUGCAUCAUCGUGAUGCCGGAGAAGAUGAGCACAGAGAAGGUGGAUGUCCUGCGGGCCCUGGGGGCUGAGAUCGUGAGGACGCCCACCAAUGCCAGAUUCGACUCCCCCGAGUCGCAUGUAGGGGUGGCCUGGAGGCUAAGGAAUGAGAUCCCCAAUUCUCACAUCCUGGACCAGUACCGCAACGCCAGCAACCCCCUCGCUCACUAUGACAUCACGGCCGAGGAGAUCCUGCAGCAGUGUGACGGGAGGCUGGACAUGCUGGUGGCGUCGGCGGGCACAGGUGGGACCAUCACAGGCGUGGCCAGGAAGCUGAAGGAGAAGUGCCCUGGGUGUAAGAUCAUUGGCGUGGAUCCCGAGGGCUCCAUCCUCGCAGAGCCCGAGGAGCUGAACCAGACGGAGCAGACAGCCUACGAGGUGGAAGGGAUCGGCUACGACUUCAUCCCCACGGUGCUGGACCGCACGGUGGUGGACAAGUGGUUCAAGAGCAACGACGAGGAGGCCUUCGCCUUCGCCCGCAUGCUGAUCGCUCAGGAGGGGCUUCUGUGUGGUGGCAGCUCCGGCAGCGCCAUGUCCGUGGCCGUGAAGGCCGCCCGGGAGCUGCAGGAAGGCCAGCGCUGUGUGGUGAUCCUGCCGGACUCAGUGCGGAACUACAUGUCCAAGUUCCUGAGCGACAAGUGGAUGCUGCAGAAGGGCUUCGUGAAGGAGGAGGAGAUCUCGGUGAAGAAACCAUGGUGGUGGCAUCUCCAGGUUCAGGAGCUGAGCCUCUCAGCCCCGCUGACCGUGCUGCCCACUGUCACCUGUGAGCACACCAUCGAGAUCCUCCGGGAGAAGGGCUUCGACCAGGCGCCCGUGGUGGACGAGUCGGGGGUGAUCCUAGGAAUGGUGACCCUGGGGAACAUGCUGUCAUCCCUGCUCGCAGGGAAGGUUCAGCCGUCGGACCAGGUCUGCAAAGUCAUCUACAAGCAGUUCAAACAGAUCCACCUGACAGAUCCACUGGGCAAGCUCUCGCACAUCCUGGAGAUGGACCACUUCGCCCUGGUGGUCCAUGAGCAGAUCCAGUCGCAGAACCUGGCCUUGUCGGGAGAGGUGGGGGGGCCGACAGGUAUGUACGCCCUGCCUGCCCCUGGAGCUCGGAAGUGGAGCUGUGGCCAGUAUUGCAGCCUCCGAGCGCAGGGGGAGGGCGUCCCCCGGACCCUGAGCCUGGCUGCGAGGGUCCUCCUCUGUGUUGACCGUAUCCUCGUGUUUGAACACCCGCGCACCCUGACCGGGGAUCCAGUGUCAGGGUCUGUGAGUAGUUUCCGUGGAUGCAGCCCUUCCUGGAAUCACGGCCAUAGACGCGUUUGUGCUGUGUCAGCAGAGCUGAGUGGUCACAACAGACACCCAACAGCCCUUUGCAGAAAGUUUAAAGACCUGGUGUUGGACGGUGUCCCCAGGGGGCCUGGAGGCCACUCCGACUGCCCUCCACUGAGGGCUCAGUGCUCCUCCAAAGCUGCCCCUUUGCCUAAAGCCCCUGGUCUCUUCUGGGCCGCUGUGCUUUUUUCUGAGGUGCUCCAAGCUGGCACCUCCGUGCCUCCCCACCCCCAUCCUGUCGACCUCUGCCCUCAAGGUUGUCAGGAACAGACCGAGGAGGGAGCUGGUGGAAUGGGAUGCACCCUGGUCAUUUCCCACCCACUGCUCAGCUCUGCCCCACCCUCUGUGGGCUUCUCCACUGCUGUUGGUCAGCAUUCUCCUGAGAAAGAGAGCCAGCAGGACAUGUGCAUAUAGAGAUUCCCUGUAAGGAAUCGGCUUACAGGCUGGCAUGCCCCAAGAAGACCUUCAGGGCGAGUGGGUAGGCCUGGGACCCCAAGAUCCAAUGUUCCCAAGCCCAAAGGCAGGACUCUUUCCUCCUACUCAUGGAGGGUCAGCUCUUCUGUUCUAUUUGGGCCUUCAACUGAUUGGACGAGGCCCACCCACACUGGGCAGGGCAAUCUGCUUUACUGGGUCCAUCCAGUCAAGAGUUGUUCACAUCCAAAGAUACCCAGAAUGACGUUCGACCCAAUACAGGGGGGCACUCUGUUGCCCAGUUGGGUUGAAAUGUUGAAUUAACCAUCUCAGCCACCCUUUCUACCCUUGGGCUGCAGGGCAGGGAGCCCGAGUUCAUUCUAAGCCUGAGAGAAGGGCGUGGGUUUGAGCACAGAAUUGUAAGCCAGAGAUGUGAGCUGGUAGUGGUGGUGGGUGUGAGUGGGACUGGGAUUUCAGGCCAAGACUCAGACCUUGGGCACCAGCUGCUCCCAUUGACUCUGACCCUCAGGCUUGCCCCCAUGGUGUGACUCAGAGGGGUCAGGCCCUGCUCUCUACAGCCUCACCUGCAUGGAUACUCUUGGGAGUAGAGGGCACUUGUGGUCAGACACACAGGUGCCCAUGGACAUGGGGCAGCCUCAGGGCUGGCCCACCUGCCCAUGCCUGGGGAUGGCUCAGUG